AUGAAUCAAGCAAAUGAGAAUCAAAUGUAAAAUUAAAGAACCCUAAAUCCAGAAUUGUUUUCUGCCCCUAAAGGUGUCAAGAACUAAAUAAUUGACCCUAUAAUUAAAAUAGAAGAUCAGCUAAAAAAUAUCAAGUUGACAAUCAAUGAGGCUACAUUUUAAGGGAGAGAUACAAAUUAGCUUUAAUAAUAAUAGCAGGACUUGCUUAAUAACUUGGAAGAAAAAUUUUAUCAACUGGAAAUUUGUAUGAAGGAUGUAUUGCUAAAGUUCAUUUCGUAUGAGGGUAAGAUUUUCAUAAGAUUAAAUGAAAAUUAUUAUGGCAACAAUCAAAGAAUCAAAAGUACCAUGUAAGGAUUAGCAGAGAUAUUAAAUUUGCAUUUCUUAGAAAUAAAUACCACUUAAAGAGACCUUGUCAUUACCAAGCACUUAAGACAAGAUGGUCGAUACGAUAUAAACAUAAGAUCGCCUAGAAAUCAAGGGCAUGGACAAUAGAACGCACCCGAAGAGGAAGAGGCUCCUAGGCCUUAACCAAAAGUCAUUGAUAAACUAUUUGAAUAGAUUUAAUAGCCUCUACCACCUGAAAUUAUAAAGGAGAUAUUUGUAUAAAGCGAUCCCGAAAAAUAAUAAUAUAGUAUUAAGGUAAGUUUCAAUAAGCCAGAGGAAUACGGAUGCGAAAUCACUCUUUAUAGGAUAUAUUAAUUAGAUAUAUAUGAUUAAUCAUUGUCUUUGUAACCAGCAAAGAGAGUAGUGCUCGAAUUUCAGAACAACAAAGAGUAAGUUUAAUAGUAAACACUAACCUUUACAAGAAAUCACCCUUUAACUAAAGGCGAAUUACCAUUCAAUGAAAUGGUCUACUUAUCCGUUGAAGCCUAAAAUAAAUAUGGUUGGUCAUCUGAUCAUGAAUUAUGUCCAAUCAAAUUAUAUGUUAAAUAUUCUGAGCCUCUUUCUCUCUAUCUGUAAGGGACUAUUAGUUCUGUCCUAAUCGAGGAUUCAAAUCAAUUUUUAGAACUAUUCUAAAUAAAAUAGAUUGUAAAUGAGGAAGAUAAAAGUUAUCUUAUAAUUGAAGAUUAUAGUUUGGUUUUGCUGGAGAAAUAAUAAAUAAGGAAUGUAUCUAUCAAAAAAGAUACAGUGGCACUGGUGAGUACUAGAUUCCAGGCCUGUUAAUGGGGUAGCAUACUUAAUUUCUAUGAUGAAAACAUUACUUAACAUUUCGAUGUAGAUCCAAUUAAAGAUUUUGAUCUUAGUCCCCCUUAUCACAUUAACACAGAUAGAGCAAUUAGUAAAAUAGCCUGUGGAUUAUACCAUUCAUUGGCACUUACUGUGGAUGGCAAUGUACUUUCUUGGGGAUACAAUAAGCACGGUUAAUUAGGAAAUGGAAUGACCAUUAGUUCUAUGUAGCCUUAACAAAUCUCUUAUUUCAAGAAUAAUUAAAUAUUUGUAGUUGAUAUAUCUGCAGGACAAGAAAUAUCAAUAUGCCGAUCUGAUUUAGGGGACGUGUAUACUUGGGGUAAGAUGCAAAACUUAUUUGGGGACAAUAUUAUCAAGGUGCUAAAUGCUUAGAAAGAGGCCAUUAAUUUAUAAUGUGCUGAUUAAACUAAUAGUUAAUUGGUCCCUAGAAAGAUAAAUCUAAAGGCUAAGUAAAUCUAGGCAGGAUAUUCUUGUUUUGCAGCACUUUCCUUAGAAAACAACCUUUAUAUGUGGGGGUGUAACGAACAUGAAGUCUUUGGGUUUCUGAAAUGCCCAGAGCUCGAUGACUAGAUUAUCAUUCAUUUAUUAGAUCCAAUUAGGAUUAAUAUUGAGAACGAAUAUGAAAUUAAAGAUUUUUAAAUAGGUGCUUAUCAUUGUGUAGUAAGAGUGUUUUGUAAGAGUAAUUAAAGCGAACAAUACCUUUCUUGGGGUUACAACAAAUAUAAUUAAUGUGGACAAUCUGUAAGUAAUAAAAAUUCAGCUAAAUCUUGCAAGAGAAACCAAAUAGAGUAAGUAUAAAAGAUUAAUAAAUAUAGCAUCUUGCCAUAAAAGAAAUUCAAAUCAUAUAGUUGUGGUUUUGAUAGAUCAAUCUUUGCUUCAUUCGACAAUCAUAUUUAUACCUUAUCAAAAAAUGAUACUCAAAACAAUGAUUGUUCUGUUUUCGUAGAAGAAGUUUUGGCUGGAGAUCUAAUAUCCUUGGUAUUGGGAAGGGAAUGA